AUGGAUAGCAAAACACCCAGACACCGAACUGCAUGUGAUGCAUGCAAACGAAUGAAGAUCAAAUGCGAAUGGGAUCAAGAAGGAAAAUGUAAUCGUUGCCAUGGACGGGAGAUGGACUGCACCGUCACGACUAAGGAGCGGAAAAAGAGAGAGAAAAAGAAGGGUAAUCAUAUCUCUCUCUUAGAAGAUAGAUUGAAGCGUAUGGAGCAUGUUAUGACGAAUUCGGGACUUAGCAUGGAUGCUUCUGGCAUUGAGAGACAGCCAUCAGAAGAGAUAAAUGAUCAAGCUGCAAUGUUUGAAAAAUUCUCUUCACUCACUAUAAGUGCCGCUUCUGGGUUUUCUAUAUUUUCUCCGCAAGGCCUUCAACUUAUCAGCAAGAUGACUGGAAACGACGAAUUUAAAACUUUCAAGGCUGCUACAAAGCAUACAAGAUUGUACCAAUACUCCAUAUCCCCGUCGUUAUGGUAUGCGAUGCCUGAUGAAAGACACAAACCUCUUCCACCCAAGGAAAUUGCGGAUCAGAUUCUGGAAUUUAUCUUUGACAGGCUGAUACCUUCAUUUCCUCUAUUCGACCGAAAGACUUUUAUGGAACGGUACUCCCGCCAAUAUCCGGUCAAAUGUUCAGAAGACCCUGCUUGGUACGCCUGCCUCAAUGUCUGUUUUGCUCUUGCUUCCAUUAUACGCAAGGAAAAUUUGCCUGGGAAUUCACCUCCAAGUGCAAAUUCUCAUAGACCUGGAGGGCUGGAAAACUUGGCAUGGUGGCGAUGGCUUCGGAACGCAGCUAGUACCUUUGUUGACUUACAAUUCGGACCGCCUUCCCUAACCGCCGUACAGGCAAUGACUGGACUAGCAUUCAUUCUAGACACACUCUCAGAUCCAAACCCAUGCUCUGUCGUAUCAGCAGCAACGAUUCGACUUGCACAAGCCAUUGGACUUCAUCGCAACAUAUGCUAUUCUGGCCUUAGUGAGGCUGAAAUAGAGCAAAGACGUAACGUCUUUUGGAUUGCUGUCAUGAUUGAACGUGGAGUAGUAAUUCGUCACGGUCGUCCAUCGGUGAUUCAUGAUGAAGAUAUAGGGGUUGACUUACCACCUGAAAGCCAAUAUCCGAAGAACGUCGACGGAAGAUUUGUUACAUUUCGCCAUAAUGCCACGUUAUCGUUGCUUCACGGUCGAAUAUACAAUAGACUAUACUCCGCGAAAUCAUUUACAAAACCUAAAAUGGAGAGAUUAAAAAUAAUUGGAAUGCUGGACGAUGAACUUCAACAAUGGUGUGAGACAAUCCCAAUUGAAGUUCGGCCAGGUCACCCUUUACAAUGCAAUGAACAUCAUAUGGUUACAGUCGUUUGUAUGCAGUGGGGCUAUUACCAGUGUCUUAGUACCAUUCAUCGAGGGUCAUUGUAUUACGGCCCAGGAUCUCUAGAUCCGGAUGAUGAUAGAUCUCAAGGCGACUUCGAUGCUACAUUGAAUCCACGUGUAUACGCCAGUGUUGCGAUCUGUGUUAAUGCAGCAAGGAGAACAAUCAAUUUGCUGGAAGAUUGCUUUAGCAUGUCUAUUCACUACGCACUGUCAGCAUGUGUUACGCUGUUUGCAAAUAUUCUCCAUCAUCCUCUUGAUCCACAAGCACAAUCUGAUCUCCGAUUGAUGAACGAUGUAGUAUCAUUUCUUUCUAGCUUCGAAGAUCAAGGUUCGGCUGUCAGCAACCCAGCAGUACCAAUAUUUCAAGAAAUCAAUCGUGUCGCUGCAGAGCAUGUCAAAAAGGCACAACAUACAGCUCCAAAGUAUAACAAAAGAUCGCGAGCUAAAUCCAGUAAUAUUGAAGACCCGAACACGGAUAGCGAUGAAUCGGAUGAAGAAGACUGUAACACGGACGACCCGGUUAGUAUUAGGGCGGUUUCUGAGGUUCAAUAUUUAAAAUCUCCAAUAUCACUUGCCAACUUUGCAGGAACUCAAGUGUCUUCCUUUCCUCCAGCACAAUCACUAUCCAAUUUUCCGUCGGAUAUGCAGCCAUUUAAAUACAGUUCCUUGAGUCAUAAGCCACAGAAUAUUCCCACAUCUGUACAUCAGACCUACAAUACACAGUUAGCGGCACAAGAUCCUCAUCAAUCUCCUCCCUAUUACGAUAUAAAUCCUCAUACACAACACCACGCAAAUUAUCCCGGUCUAAAUCAUCAACAGCCACAAAUUCAUUCCUCGAAUUACUACCGGCAAGAUCCGCACCCCCCUUUACGUGGCCCUCACUUAGAACCAGAACCUCAAUCUUAUCUCUUACACCCUUAUAUACAUACACUUCACCCCGCCACCGACUUUUAUUCUCCUCCUUCAGACCAACACCAACACCGGAACAUAACUCAAGAUCACUCAAAUCCAAUUACAAAUACAAUCAGAAAUUCUAACCCCAAUCUUCAAGAUCCAGUAGGUCAAGCGGAAGAAUCUUUAAUCUCGCAAGAUGGAAGUUGGUUUUUCCCAAUGAUUAGUCCGUGGUCUUUUGGAGAUAGGUCUGACAUCAAUUCAAAUGGGAUUCAUGAGAAUAUUGUGGGUGAAGGAGAAGGAGGAGAACAUGGAUGGGGCGGCGUGGGGAUAUGA